AUGAGUCGGUGGCUUCCUGAUCCACAUAGGUCAGUAUUGCCCGUGAUGAAAGGCCCUGGCAAGGUGAUAAGUUUUAGGAUUUAUUUUGCUUUUACAGCAUGUAAUAGGAUAAGAAGCCCUGCAUACUGGAUCAUAUCUCCAGCGUCGGAAGUUAAGACCAGUGUCAAAUUGCACAGAACGCCAUGGAUUCUCGACCAAAUGGACACGCCAAUCGCCAAGAAGAUUGUCUCAUGCUCUGCACCUACAGCUGAGGCAGUCUCCACCAACGCCAAUCUUCACGCCCUUCUCGAAGUUGCAGGGCAUCAACUACCACGUAAUCGCCUUGCAGGUAACAAAGUCAAAGAACGGACGUAG